AUGGAAGACAACUGUAUUACCUUAAGUAAUCUUCCAGGAUUUGAAUUCCAUAUCCCAGCUGAUAGUUUAAAGGAAGAUACUAUUAUUACUGUCAAAUAUUAUUUCAGCGAUACAUUCUGUUAUCAUAACCAUGAAAGCAAAACUGGCCAAUUACUGCUACAAGUAGUUCAACUAGAGCCGAAUGAUUUGCUGAUUAAUGUCCGCAAUGAUAAGUCACCUAAAUUAAAAUUGCCUAUUUUACAACCGCAGCAAGUUUAUGAUUCGAAUGGUACCAAGGAAUGUCCAGAAGUAACACUGCUUGACCAAAACAUAGAAAGAAGCGGAUAUAGAUUCGAUUCUAAGGAUUAUAAACGAAUUGAAACCAAACAUGAGCAGCCUUGUAUUGUUUUCUCCAUCGAACAACUUUCAACAUUUUACAUUAAAAGUGAUAAUAUUAAUGUCUUGAUUGACCAAUCUAUUUUUGAUCAAUCAUUAGCAAAAUUAAUUAAGAUCGAUCUGCCUAUACCAUCUCUUUCUUUGCAAUAUCCUAUUCAAUUUCAAGCUCAAUUAAUUCAGUUAGCUUCCUCCUUUCUGUUCUUGAAGAUAAGUAUAACCAAGAAAGGAGUUCAGUCCAGACCUGAACAGAAUUCUAGACUUAAAUUGUAUCAGUUAAUCAAUGAUGCAAAUGAAGAAAUAUUUCUACGUGGCGGCUACUACAAAGUAAAAUUUAUUAGUAGUCAUUUAGUUCAGGACUCCAUCGAUUCAAAUACAACCUGCAUGAAAGAUUUAUUCCUUAACUGGCAUACUAGUUUUGCGACCAGUAUUAUGUUUAAGUGUAAAUUCACAGUAAGUGAAAUUCCUCCACCGGAGCUCUGCCAGAUAAUUCUUCUCGAGUCUGAUGAAAAGAAUAACGUCAAAGAAGCCAUGUCCUGCUAUUUAUUUUUGCUAUUGGAAGAAAAGCUUGGAAACUGA